AACUAUCUCAUUCUAUUUCAUAGAUGGCGAAAGCAGAACCCGAGUACUCGGAUGUCGCCGCUGAUUUCAUGAGCGAUUAUUUUUUCGUUUGCCCCAAUUUCAUGGCAGCAGACCAGCUCUCAGAUGCUGGCAUUACCACAUACAGUUACAUCAUGACUCACAGACCUUCUGUUUCAAUGUGGGGCAAACAGAUCGAAUGGUUAGGAGCAACUCAUGGUGAAGAUCUUCCUUAUACUCUCGGGAAUCCAUUCAUGUUAGAAUCCUUGGAUCCGGAACAUAAUCUAUUCUUGAUUGGUCUCUUCAAUGAACAAGAAGUAGAGAUUGCCAUUCAAAUCAUGAAGUACUGGUCAAACUUCGCAAAGACAGGGAAUCCCAAUCUUUCAUGCAAAGAAAGCAAGCCAGAUCCAAAUUAUCCGCUAUGGGAAACUUAUUCAAAGGAAAUCAAAAGUUACAAGGAACUUUCAAUGACUUUUGAGAGUCGUCAAGGUUUACCCAAUCCUCAGAGUUGUAUGUUCCAGAAUCAUCUUCUAUCCAAGCUGCAGAAAAAUGCAGCCGAAUUGGCCCGACUGAAUUCUCUUUUAGAAGAAAAGGUGGUGGCUGAUAGUGGAAAGACUUGUGAGGAUCCCGAUUCCUGCCCGGAGGAAUAGAUAGCUUGAUAUACAACCUCAUAAUCUGGGUCAUCAGAAUUGACUGCAAUUUUAUUUUUUAUCUAGGAUAUACUAUACAAAAUUCUAAACUUAUUUGAGAGGCAUGAAUGAAAAAAUGAAUCAAGUAAAAAAAAAAAUUGAUUUUGAAACGAUAAUUUGGAAUUAGCAUUUAUUAUUAUUAUUAUUGGAAUUCUUCAAACUUCAAUAAUUUUAGGGAUUGUUUGCAAAAAAAAGUUUUAAAAUAUCAACUCUUGAUCACCACUAAUUACGACAUUACUUAUUCUGAUGAUGUGUUUUACGUUCAUAUCAUCAUUCAAAAGUAGUUGAAAAAAUGUCUUCACUACCUCAUUCCUUCACUCUCACCGGUAUGGUGGUACCCUAUACCACUUAGAUUUAUGCUCUGCCUUACCUGCCUGACUUCAAGGGUUUCAAUAAUGAUUGAAUGAGCAGGAGAAUUGUUCACCUGCAUUGACAAAGCUACUAGCUGCCUUUCGAUAUUUGGCAAUAUCCCCCUCCAUAUAGUGUACCACAUUUUAUUUCUUAUUACAUUUUAUACAUCUUUUAUAUUGGAAUAUACUUGAUUAUAAAUGAAUUUGAUUGUAUUCAAUUGAA